CUCGCAGCGACCUCCAUUUUGUCGGUAAAGGCAGGAGGAGGUUGGUUGAAAACGGAGCUGUGGUCUGUGACUCGCUCGUGGGCAGUUUGAUCAGUGCAUCGUUUCUCCCUGGAAAGGGAGGGAAGCUUGGGGAUCGAGUGGGAGCUGCCGCCGCCGCCCGAACUCGAAGUCGCUAGGACUUCUCUCAAACUUGUGUGCUGAGGAGACUCGAUGUUGGCCUCAGCUCCUAGGCUGAAAUCAGCAGAUUGGCUCAUGAAAACUUGCAUACUGAGACAAAGGAAAGGAUCUAGCAGAAAGCAACGUCUCUUAUCUUGGGCUUGGCAGCAGGGAAGAGGACAAGUAGUGGAAAUCCUGCAAUCUGAAAAGCAGACUGAAAGGUGACAAAGAAGCUGAAAAUGGGUGGUGGUGAGAGGCAUACCAUUCCAGACCCUCAAUCUAGAAACGCUAGUAAGAGCCAACAGCACAACAGACAGAAGACCAAGGAUCAGAAUUCCCAAAUGAAGAUUGUUCACAAGAAAAAAGAAAGAGGACACGGGCACAGCCCAUCGGCAGCUGCAUGGCAAGCUAUGCAGAAUGGAGGGAAGAACACGAGCCUUUCUAACACCACAAACUGGAAUGCUAGCUUAUCAAGUCCUAGCUUGCUUUUUAAGUCUCAAGCUAAUCAAAACUAUGCUGGAGCCAAAUUUAGUGAACCACCAUCACCAAGUGUUCUCCCCAAGCCACCAAGCCACUGGGUUCCUGUGUCCUUGAACCCUUCAGAUAAGGAAGUAAUGACAUUUCAACUUAAAACCUUACUUAAAGUACAGGUAUAAGAUUAGAUAAGUACUAAUUUUAAAUCUUGUGAUGUUUACACAUGGCCACCAGUAGGUUUGACAUUUUGUGAAAACUGCUUACAAGUAUAAGCAGAUUGCUGUGCUAUGGGCACUGUAUUGUAAUAGCAUUGGUGCAGUUAAAGUGACUAAUCAAUUCUAUUUGGUAGUGUAGG